UCAGUCAAUCGGGUAGGAACCGAAUGGGCGGGACUCUCGGCUGAGCUGUGGGUCCGCUGCGGCGUCCAGAAAAUAGAUAAACAAUAUGCUAACAUAUGAUUAACGCAACUAAGUUAUAAACUCAUGCAAUUAGUCACCGACACGCCAAACUGGCCAACAGAAGGUGUCGGAGAGAAGCCGCGCGCUUGUCUAGUGAUUUAUACGCGGAUACCCAGCCUAGAACAGCAGGCUAGUUAGCUUCAUGAUGAUGAUGGUGGUGAUGAUGGCCAGCUGAACAUUGUUGUGCUUUCACCUCUUGUUGUCAUUGCGCUCAAGUUUUAACGGCAGAACCUUCAUACAUUCCUGCCUUUUCACGUAUCCUUUCCACGCGUACUUCUUAAACUGAAAUUAUGUGAGCGGAGCUGCUCAGGUUGUGGUGUUCGUGCGCCAUCGAGCUAAGCUAACAGCACAGGAAUAGUGUGCACGGGCCAAACCCCUUUCACAUAUUAGCUUGCAGCUAACCAGCCGCUGGAUCUACGAGUUUGGACCACAAGUGCAGUUUUGUAAAAAGGUAUCAGAAUGUUGGUUUGCAGAAAACAGCGUAUCAUUUCCUCAGGCGUUGAUCGAGACCUGCAUUGACCCUCAAGAUCAACAACAACAGAAGCCCAAGUCUUUCUGUGCAUGUUACAGAAUGCACAUAGAAAACUGAGACGUCGAUCUGCUGUGUGCCUUUCAACGAUGUAGCUUUGUAACCGUCGUGCUUUUAUUGCGGCAUACAUACAAAGACAAUAAGAUGAACAACCAAGGAGUAAUGUCACAAGAGAAGAUGGAGCUGGACCUGGACAUCCCUGCCGCACUUGUUCAGAGCGAUGGGCAGCUGAGGCGGUCAAACAGCGAGCCCAUGAUCAACGGCCUCAGUGAUGCUUCACAGGUGUUCCAGAGAGAAGUCCUUCGCAGCAGAAGAAACAGCACUACUGUUGUUCGACCCAAUGUGGUUCCAUCUUCGCCAGUACGUGUUCCUAGCACAAGGCUACAGAGGAUCAAACAGGAAGAAGGUGUUGAUGUGAUGAACCGUGAAACUGCUCAUGAACGAGAGGUGCAGGCAGCCAUGCAGAUGAGCCAGUCUUGGGAGGAGAGUCUGAGUUUGAGUGAUAAUGACCUUGAGAAGUCUUCAUCGUCAUCUCCGAAGCGGAUUGAUUUUGUGCCUGUGUCUCCUGCUCCUUCACCCACUAGAGGGAUUGGAAAGAAGCAGUGCUUCUCCCCAUCUCUUCAAAUUUUGGUAAGCAGUAAUGGUCUGACGCCCAGUCCUGUUCCCAGCCCAACACGCCGCUUCAGUUUGCCCAGCAGGAGGAGUCAGAGCCCGAUCAACUGCAUCAGGCCCGGCAUUCUGGGCCCUCUAAAACGCAAGGGUGAAAUGGAGACAGAGAGCCAACCCAAGAGACUCUUUCAGGGAACCACCAACAUGCUGUCCACAGAGAUGUCCCACUCUCCUGAACUCAACACAUGUCUGUCUCCAGAUCUUCUGGAUGGGAGUCUCAGUAGCGUUUGCUCCUCUUCAGACUCGCCUGCCAAGAUGGAAGGAGUGUCUCCCUCCUCCAGUAACUCUCCCCUCACACCCCUUCAGGAUCUCUCUCCUAAAUGAGCCCGCAGGCAUCACACGAGGAAAGAGGCCCUUUCUCACUCAUUUUCCUUUUUCUUUUUUUUCCCCCUCCAAUGCCUGUCCGACAUGGCAUAUGUUCUUUUCCUGAAUUGUCCUGUAAUGUUACGUGUAAAGCUGCCCAGGAGAGUAUUGAGUAUGGGACAGACUCUAAAGGACAUGGAGAGACUCUGGAUGAUUUUUGCAUCAGCUGCUAUGAAUAGAUGUAAAACAUGGUAUAUAGAUCUCUAUCAAAGCGAACUACGUCAUGGAGGAAGGUUUUUUGUUGUUGAUGGUUCCGUAAUAGGGCAAAUAUCUUUUUGUUGAUUUCUUUGAAAAGGAAACCGCUGUAAAAAAGGAGAAUAACUACAGGCACGUACUUUUUAUUUACAGUCUUGGCUUGCCAACCGAUAUUGUGUGUGAGGAUUUAACUUAUUUUUUGGCUUUUGUUUUAUUUGUAUGUAAGUAUGUACAUAAGAUUCGUGGCAAACGGUAAAGAGUCUGACUGGGAAACUGACAGCUGCCUCUUCUGGAAUUUUAUUAGCGGUGCAACUGCACUUUAAAAAAGGGGCUGAAUAUCAAUUUGAGCUUUGUUCUGAGUUUGCAUAUUUAAUUAUUCAGGAUUGUUCAAGCAGAUGGAAGAAACGUGUUUUUGUCCCCAGAGUUUGGCACUUGGUUCUCUGUUAGAAUGACAUUCGUGGUCCAUAUGUACAACUGAUGCAGAUGGGAUCUAAUAUUGCAGCUGUUGGUAACCACUAAAUCUUUUAUUUGAACACUACAGAGAAACAAAACUGCCAGUGUUGAUUUGUCAACUUAAAGAAAUGUGUAUACAAACAUGGUAUCUUAACACCGCUUUCAGAGAAUGGAGCGAAACAUCUGGGCUGAGAUAAAUUAUGGCCCAUUUCUGUUGUUCUGGAAGCAAAGGAUUUGGAGGAGAAUGUGCUUUUACAGGUGUUGUUUUAGAAGGCGACCCAUAAGCAGUUUACCAUGUUGUGCAGAAGUGUGAAGAGGUGAAACCCUCCCAUCGCUGAAGUGUAUAGUGAUGUUUUCUAUGUAAUCUACUGAAACAGUGUGCCAUUAAAUUUGUAUAUAAGAGAAAUGUACAACUGUUAUUGUAGAAGUUAUUCAUUUGGGGCUGUAGUUACUUUAGGAAAUAGUCUUCUCUUUUGUAAAUGGUUUUCUAAAUUUCAUCAAAAGAAAUCGCUUCAUUUCCUCAAGCAUGAUGCGUUGCAGCGUAAAUCACCUUGUGCAAGAAAGUGAUUUGUAAAAUCCUUUUCUUUUUUGGGAUGAAAUGAAUUGAAAGAGUGGGGAUUUUUGUUCACAUUACAAGUGGCACAUGAAACCACAGUGUAAAUCUUUUCUGAAUGUCUUUGCAAACAAAAGUUGAAGAAAAAAAAACGCGAGUGGGUCAUGUGGAUCCAGAAUCUAUCCUGUAGUGAUGGGUGAAGUUUGUUUGUAGUUUGCUUUGCUGGUUUGUUUGUUUUUUGUCCUGUGGACGUGUACAAUUCCUAAUUUAAUGAUUUUACUCUGUCCUGUCUACUCGUACAGUACUUUUAAAGCCUGUGCACAUGAACUCUGCUGAGGAGGACUUUAGUGCUGUCAUGAGAAUGUGUCGUUGUGCUCUUCACACCCUCAACAAAUCCUCCUCCCAUCAGAUCAGAAAUAAAUUAUUUGUCCAGCUA